UGGCGCGCUCCUAGUUCCCUGUAGGUCGCGUUAAAGUCAUGCUGCCGUUGGUGUUUGUGGUGUCGAUCGCGGUUUUGAUCAUACUUGUCCUGUACGACUGGCGAUUGCGUCAAAGUGACGCCUACCGAGCGGCUCUGCAAUAUCCCGGAGGGGUGAUGCUCCCUUUGCUGGGGAACAUACUGGAGGUGCUGGUCAAGGAUCCGAUGCAGGCGUUCAGCUAUGCGCGAUCAAGUGCCCAGAAGUUUGGACGAUCGUACCGUCAGUGGAUCUUUGGGGAUGUGGUUCUGAAUAUCAUACGGGUCCGCGAGGCGGAGCUGAUUCUGUCCAGUACGAAGCACACUCGGAAGAGCAUCAUCUAUCGGUUCCUGGCUCCGCUGAUGGGCGAUGGAUUGCUGUGCAGCAAGGGUAGCAAGUGGCAGACUCGGCGCAAGAUACUGACCCCGGCGUUCCAUUUCAACAUCCUGAACAAUUUUCUUCAGGUGUUUCAGGAGGAGGCAGGCAAGUUGGUUGGGGUGUUGAAUGAAUUCGCCAAUUCAGGGGAGGAUGUUGUGCUGCAGUCGAUCGUGACCAGGUUCACGCUGAAUACGAUCUGCGAGACGGCGAUGGGUGUCAAGUUGGAUUCGUACAAGGACGCAGAUAAGUACCGGUCGCAGGUCUACGAAGUGGGUGAGAUGUUGGUUCACCGGACGAUGACUCCGUGGCUAUACGAUGACGGGAUGUACAAUCUGUUUGGUUACCUCAAGCCGCUGGAGGAUGCGAUCGUACCGAUCCAUGACUUCACCCGCAGUAUCAUCCGACAGAAGCGGGAACAGUUAAAGCAGCAUUCUACAUUGGAAAGUCUGAUGGCGGAUAGAAUAUACGGAUCAAAGCAACGGUACGCCAUGUUGAACACACUUCUGAUGGCGGAAGCGAAUGAAGCCAUCGACGAAGAAGGAAUACGGGAAGAAGUUGACACGUUCAUGUUCGAAGGUCAUGAUACAACGGCAGCGGGUUUAAUUUUCGCGAUCCUGUUGAUGGCUACCGAGCAGGAAGCUCAACAGCGAGUCUACCACGAGUUAACGAAGGCUCGCUGUGCAAAGUCGGAACACGAAGAAUUCACCAUUGCCGAUUACAACAAUCUGAAGUACUUGGAUCGCUUCGUGAAGGAAGCUCUUCGGCUGUAUCCACCGGUGGCUUUCAUCUCGCGAAGUCUUUCCGGACCGUUGAAUGUUGGCUCUACCACCUUCCCGCACGGGACGAUCACCCACAUCCACAUCUAUGACCUGCAUCGGGAUCCGGAGCAGUUUCCCGAUCCGGAACGGUUCGAUCCGGAUCGGUUCCUACCGGAAGUCGCCGCCAAGCGUAACCCGUACGCCUACGUCCCGUUCAGUGCCGGGCCCAGGAACUGUAUCGGCCAGAAGUACGCCCUGCUGGAGAUGAAAACCGUACUUUGCGCUCUGCUGGUCAACUAUCGCAUUCUACCGGUGACCACACGUGAGGAGGUGGUCUUCAUGGCAGAUCUCGUGCUCCGGGCGAAAACGCCGAUCAAAGUCCGGUUGGCAAAACGGGAAGCCACCAGCACUAUGCGUAGCCAGUAAAUAUUACAGCAAACCGACGGUCCAGAACAAAAUAAACAUAAACAUAUGUUGAUAAUCUUAUUCGCCUUGCUUAUCUCUCGCAUUCUUUCAUAAUUUA